AUGGUAAAUUUUACCGCAUAUAAACACUAUUUACUUGAAGCUUUUAUUGCUGCUCUUUGUCUUGUAGUCUACUGUGAAUAUCUCAUUUACUAUGUUGUCCUUGCACAGUGCUCAUGGCCAGAUAUCGACAGCUUUAAAGCAGAUCCUUCAAUCAAACCAGGCAUACUAGAGGAGAAGCCGGUAAAAAUUAUGUUUAUAGCAGAUACUCAUUUAUUAGGAUCUAAAACUGGACAUUGGUUUGAUAAGCUUAGAAGAGAAUGGCAAAUGUACAGGACUUUCCAAACAUCAAUGGUUCUUUAUAAACCUGAGAUUGUUUUUUUUUUGGGAGAUAUAUUUGAUGAAGGAGCUCGAAGUAGUGAAGAUGAAUUCCAAACUUAUGUUAAUAGAUUUCAUUCCCUUUUUUCUGUUCCCAAGAACACUUAUUCUUAUGUGCUCGCCGGAAAUCAUGACAUGGGUUUUCACUAUGCAAUAACACCUUAUAAAAAUCAACGAUUUAUCAAUAGUAUGAAAUCUCCAAACGUAAAAAGAGUCAGCAUCCGAGGAACUCAUUUUAUACUUAUUAAUAGUAUGGCAUUUGAAGGGGAUGGAUGUUUUCUUUGUAGGCCUGCUGAAGUUAAAAUUCACGAAAUAUCAAAACAAUUGAAAUGCGCUAAAGGAAUCAAAAGUGAUUGUGCUAAAUCUGGAAAAACUAUAAUUGAAAAAUACAGUCGGCCAAUUUUACUUCAACACUUUCCUAUGUAUCGAGAGUCUGAUGCUUCAUGCAAAGAAUUAGAUCAAGCACCAGAUGAAAUAAAAAACAUUAAAUUUCGUGAGCGGUGGGAUUCUUUGUCAAAAGAGUCUUCUGUACAGCUUUUGGAGUUAUUGAAUCCAAGACUUAUUAUUGAUGGUCAUACACAUCACGGCUGCAGACAAUUACAUGGUGAAGACACUCUAGAAAUCACGAUUCCUUCAUACAGUUGGAGAAAUAAAAAUAAUCCAUCAUUUUUAAUGGGAGUUUUUACACCAAACAAUUACGCUUUAUCAAAAUGUUACAUGCCCGUUGAGAAUACAGUUAUUUUAAUAUACACUGUAGGUGGAAUAUGUAUCGUUUUUUAUCUUCUGUUUCGAGCCAAGCAAAAAAUGAACUGCCGUCAUCACUUUUUAAAACUACACUGAACAUUAUCAUCAAUAAUUGGAUGUAA